AUGCAAGCGUUGUUCGAUUCUCAAAAAUCUGACAUUAGAAGCUUGAAUAUGUCAGGUUGGCAUGCACCGCUAGGGCCGCCAGGGCUCGGAGAAGGCAGCAGCGGCUUCGCGGCUAGCAUGGCGGAUACAGCAGCAGCUUCUCACAACCCUAAGUACAUGCACAAACGUCGUCGGCUCUCGCGUUUACUAGACAAGCUAGCCGUUCAGAUACGCAACAACAACCACUACCCUCGCUGGCUGAUGCUCGACUCCAACUGCAACGAGGCCAAGUCAGAAGACGCACCUCUCGAUCUCUCCUUGAAGUCCGAGACGCCUAAAGUUUCCAACGAGCCUAGCACCAAUGGCUACAUGUGUAACACAUGCGGGCAGACUUUCGCCGUUCACGACCGCCUCGCCAAGCACGUGGCCUCGCGUCACAGGGACCGACCUCCGGAGACAGCUCGCGCAUACGAGUGUGAGAUAUGCCGGCGACGUUUCGCCCGCUCGGACAUGUUGACGCGACACGCCCGUCUGCACAGCGGCGUCAAGCCGUACUCUUGCUCGGCCUGCGGGCAAGUGUUCUCUAGAUCAGACCACCUCGCCACUCACCAACGCACUCACACCGGCGAGAAGCCCUACCGCUGCCCGGCCUGCCCGUACGCAGCCUGCCGCAGAGACAUGAUCACCAGACACAUGAGGACCCACACACGGAAACCUCAACCCGCUGAAAUAUAA